UUCCAGAAUCAAGCGUGGCGUGAAGUAUGAUGAUAAGCAUGAGCAUGAAAUAGGCACCUUAUCACAGCGAAGGCUUGUUGCUGAUGCAUAUUGGAGGACUCAAAAAACUGGAGACACAGUGAAUUUUUGGACAUGGUACAUCAAAGACAAUGGGCCCUUUACGAUUGAAAACUUUAAGAAAGUUGCCUCUAAAGACCUUGACCUUGACUGUGUGGAUGAAGAUGGCCAGCCAUUAUAUCCCUCAAUAUUGAGAAUACAGCCAGAACCACUCUUUGAUAUUAUUUGGAAUAGUAGCAAUCCUGCUUGGGUUCCAAGACAACCAACAAACAAACCACAGUCAAAGAUAGAUAUUCUUAAGGUAUGUUAAGUGAUUUAAGUACCCAUUCUAUUAUGAUUGAUGGAAAUAUGAAGAUAAAAAGGCUGAGCAUGUAAUUAGUGUGUGGGUUUUAAAGCAGUCUUGCAUGUGACAUUGUUAUGGUCACCAACUUUUUUUUGUGUUUGGUGUUCAGUGGUUGGUGUUCGGCAGUUGCUGUCUGUAACAAAUGACAGGUGGUGACAGUUAGCAUGUUAAUGCCUUGUCUAUGAUUAUUGCCAAAACUCAAAAACCAAUGGACAUAUUUUUUUCAUAUGUGAUGAUAUGUGAAUACUUGAUGGCAUAAAAAUGUAUAAGUUAGGAAUGUUAACACAUCACAUAUCUUACAACAGAUAUCAUGUUAUUCAUUAUAUUGUUUUUCAUCCUGAUUGUUUCUAUGAUUUGUUUUUUAUUAUUUUUUUUAUUAGGGGAGAAAGAAAAUCAUAUUUUGGACCUGAACUGUUCACCCCAGAUGAAGAAGUCGACCAGUAUGUCAUCUUAAAAAGAUCAGCAGUGAUCUUACCCCUGUAAGUAAAUUUAAUAACAAAAGACAUUGGGCCUUAAAAAGUAGAUUCUCUGUUAAAUAUCAGAGAAUUCAUUUCAUGGCCU